AGGACCUGUUAGUUGUUUUGUGGUCAUCCUCUCGUACAUUGGUCCUCCUUUGCUCUUCGGCAGUCGACAAACUUUUCAACAAUGAUUUCCAUUACGGGAAGGAAGGUCAUAACAAUGCUGUUUUGCUUAGUGGCGUUGGGGAGCGCCACACCAUUACCUAGUGGAGAGUUUGGAGGUAGACUGCAGCAAACAUCACUCGAAACAAGAGAAUUUGAAGCCCCCAGUGGUACUGCUGUUGGACCUCGAGCCUUAGGUGCCAUUUCAGACUCCCUGCCACUGCUAGGACAGCUGCUAACAGAUACCAAUGGCACACCUAUGGAAAGGAUCAGCAAACUAUCCCUGAGUUUCCUGCCCGCAGCACGAAACAUAAUCGAAGCGAGGGCGCAAGAGGACAGCAACUUCGACAAGGACUACGCCCUGCAGCGCCAAGAAGCUGCUGAAAAGGUCGUCCCCAACAUCUUGCAAGGAAUCACGCAGUUCAUAAAUGGCCUUCCUCCCGCAACACCCGUUCCUGAGAUCUUCAUCCCUCCUGUGCGGACAUUUACCUUCGACAACCCUUCUGUUCCAGACCAGACAAUUGAGGGAUUCACCAUUCCAGAGACAGAAUUCUCACCGAAAAUUGUAAUUCCAGAUAUUAAAAUUCAGUAAAGAAAAAGACGAAAAAGAAAUCAUAUGUAUUUAAUUUACAAGAUUUAUGAAUCUUUAAGACGGAAAACAUAUAUCUAGUUUUCAAAACGGCGAGUAUGAGGCAAUCAAUGUUCAUUACGAGACACGAUGAUUUAAGGCCUAUUUUGAUUCAGCACCUACUAGUGUUAAGACGCUGAGAGCAAGACUGCCAGUGCCCAUCUUGGUGCAAAGUGAUUUAAGGCCAAGUGGCAGCCAGUAAAAUUUAGAUGAGUAACUAAACAAGGAUUGUAAGGCAAGUCUGGAUGAAGAUAGAGUUCCAAGAGAACAACUGGGAGGCUUACAUGUUGGUUUCAAUUUUUUUAUCACCUCCAAGUUCAUAAGAGUUGGGUCAAAGAGUUACAUGGGGGAUAAUACGUGAUCACAUUUAAAAACUAAGUGGAUGUAUACCAGAGAGACGCAUGGAACGAUCAACAGAUUACAUUAUCCUACAUUUUAAAGUCUACAAUCUCAUUCAUAUAAGUUAUAAUUGAGUUGUUGCUAUUUUAUGAUGAAGCAAAUGAUUGCCAAUUUUUCGCGUUUCCCCUUACCAAAGUUUUAAUGUAGUUAUAAACUAGCUGUUAAUAAACAUAAGGUAUGUAAAAAUAAACAGUAUUUCAGUA